GAUGCUAACUGAGAUGAAGCCAUCAAGCAUUCAAGCUCGCUCGCCGUCGCCGCUGAACGAACCGGAGUCGCCAGCACGUCAGCUUGACGCGGAUCGGCGGGUGCAUGUGGGCGGCGGACGGCACCCCGCGUCUCCCCUCCCUCUCCGGCUGUAUAAAAAAGGACGGGGAGGGAUGGAGGCACAGGCAGCAGUGGAUCCGCGCACGCCUCUCCCUCCCGAGUGUUCUUCUUCUUCUUCAGGUCCCGAAGCGGCGGCGCGUGCUACCGGAGAGCAGGACGCGAGACACCAUGCUGGAAGGGAAGGCGAUGGUGGAGGACACGGACAUGCCGGCGAAGAUGCAGGCGCAGGCGAUGGCGGCGGCGUCCAGGGCCCUCGACCGCUUCGACGUCCUCGACUGCCGGAGCAUCGCGGCGCACAUCAAGAAGGAGUUUGACACGAUCCACGGCCCCGGGUGGCAAUGCGUGGUGGGCUCCAGCUUCGGCUGCUACUUCACGCACAGCAAGGGGAGCUUCAUCUACUUCCGGCUCGAGUCGCUCAGGUUCCUCAUCUUCAAAGGGGCGGCAGCCUAGCCCAGGUGCAGCACGUUCUCUUUUCCUCCGGCUUUUGUUGAGCAAAGCCUACCUAGGGAGGCGCCGCGGCGGGCGGUGUGUGCGUGUCUGUAUGAAAUUGGCUCGCUGUAUACUAUGAGGGUAGGAUGUAACAUCGGCAAGAUUGCAGAACGGUGGAUUUCAUCGCUGGUCGAAUUGCUUCUUUGUGUACGAUGAAAUCCAGGUGUAUGAAUUUGGUGGUGUAUAAAUGGAAAUUUGAAAAUAUUGGGGAUAAUUCAAAUCCAA